AUGGCGGAAUACUGGAAGUCAGCACCAAAAUACUGGUGUAAGCAAUGCAAGAUCUACAUCCGCGACACAGCCUUCGAAAGGACGCAACACGAAGCCACAGCGAAACAUCAAAGCAACCUAAAGCGUUUCCUACGAGAAAUACACCGCGACAACGAACGGCAACAACGAGACUCACAACGCGCAAAAGAUGAAGUCGAACGAUUACGGCAAUCUGUGUCCGGCGGCGGUGGGAGAACCGGUGAUAACCAGUCAUGGAAGAAAUCGUCCUCGUCGACACCGGCACCCGCACCCCAGCGGCCGGUCUCGGUUGAAGAGCGCAAGAACCAGAUGGCGCAACUUGCAGAGCUGGGAGUUGCGAUACCUGAGGAGUAUCGGAGUGAUAUGGCGCUGGCAGGGGACUGGCAGACGGUCUCUGAAAAGAUAAUAGAGCCUGAGGGGGAGGAAAAGGAGGAGAAAGUGCCUACACUUGGGGUCCGGAAGCGGAAACACGACCAGGAUGUAGACGAGGAAGAAGAAGAAGCUAAGAGGGAGGCUGAGCGGUUUGUUAGUAAGGGAUGGGGGUCGGCAACGCGGCGGUAUCCUGGCGCGAAAGAUGAGGAAGAUGAUAUAGAUGCGCUGUUGGCGUCUACGAAAGAAGUGAAGAAACCCCAGGUGUCCGGGACAGGAGAGGCUACGAGCGCAGAAGGAGAACAAAGCAAAAGGGAGGAUAAACCGAGUGAUGAAGUGCCAGUGAAGGAAGAGGAAUCAUCAGCUGCCGGCACCGGCGUGGUAUUCAAGAAGCGCAAGCCAAAAGCAAUGAAAAAAUAA